UCGCGGGCGUCGAACUAUGGCCAAGCAUCAUCCCGACUUGAUCUUUUGCCGCAAGCAGGCCGGUGUCGCCAUCGGAAGACUGUGUGAAAAAUGUGAUGGCAAGUGUGUGAUCUGUGACUCCUACGUGCGCCCCUGCACCCUGGUGCGCAUCUGUGAUGAGUGUAACUAUGGCUCUUACCAGGGCCGCUGUGUCAUCUGUGGAGGCCCCGGCGUCUCAGACGCCUACUACUGUAAGGAGUGCACCAUCCAGGAGAAGGACAGAGACGGUUGUCCAAAGAUUGUCAACUUGGGGAGCUCCAAGACAGAUCUCUUCUAUGAACGGAAGAAAUAUGGCUUCAAGAAGAGGUGAUAGGUGGGCCCCUAUUCCCCAACCCCACCCGAUGCCAAGGCUGCCAGAAGGACACCCACAACUACCAGCAGAGCCGGAGCCGGCCAACACGUGCCUGAAUUCCUGGUCUUACCCUGGCACCUCCCUGUCCUUUCCUCCUCACUCCAACACUGGCUUACGUGGGAAAGGACUGUUUCACCCUACACUGCGAUAGAUGAAUGCAGAGUUUUCUGGAAUGCAGGGGCCAAAGCGUGACUUCCUGAGUUGAUCACUCUCAGCGUUGAUGUCUGAGGAGGCCAGGGGAGGGCAGCAGGUCUGGUGAAGCACCUGCAGAGUGCUUCACCCCACCAGAACUGGGGUCCUAGAGUCUGUGAUUCUGCACCUGGUUAUACUGGCUGAUGUUUGUGCUGGGGGCACAGAAAUCUCUUCUCUGGCUGUUGGAUUAAUAAAAUGGGUGUUUGCUUUCUGGUA